AUGGCGGACGACAAGAGAACCGAGUCGGCUCCAGCUGGAGCCAUUGCGAACAGCGCUGCACAGGCGAAGCCAGCGGCUACCACUAAUACGCCGUCUGCAGACGAGAUCGAGCUUGCACACACUUCCACCAAGAAUGAUGCUCCAUCUGCUGUUGCGGCGAAGCAGCGGGGUCUCGAGCUGCCAGACAUCCUCGGGCACCUGUCUGACGAGGAGCGUGCUGUGCUCGAGAAGAAGAUGCGACGUAAGAUCGACUUGCGUCUCUUGCCCAUGAUUGUCAUCAUGUACAUCCUCAAUUACAUUGACCGGAACAACAUUGCUGCUGCGCGGUACGCCGGGUUGGAGGAAGAUUUGAACAUGGACGAGGAUGGCACCCAGUUCUCAACAGCAGUGAGCAUCCUCUUUGUCGGGUACAUUCUGAUGCAAGUUCCAUCAAAUUUGGUUUUGAACAAGAUCGGCAAACCUGCUAUUUAUCUGCCGGCUUCUAUGAUCCUAUGGGGCGUCAUAUCCUCAGCUACGGCCGGCUGCCAGUCCGUGGGCGGUCUGUACGCGGCCCGUUUCUUCCUCGGGUUCGUUGAGGCGACCUAUUUUCUUGCCCUUUUGUUUGGUAAUGUCUCUGCCGCAUCCGUCACCAAUUUCUUUCCAACGGUCGUCGGGACACUUGGCUACUCGGAGGUCGAAACACUCCUCUUGACGAGUCCGCCGUAUUGCCUUGGCGUGAUCACCACUUUUUGCAACGCCUGGCAUGCGGAUAGGACUGGCGAGCGUUUCUGGCACAUCACCCUGCCCCUGUGGCUGGCCGUUGUGACGUUCAUAAUCGCUGCGGCGACCACAAAUGUCGCGGCAAGGUAUGCGGCGAUCAUGCUCAUGAUUUCGGGCCUUUAUUCUGGGUACACCACUGCCCUCGCAUGGAUCAGCAACACGCUGCCUCGCCCCCCAGCUAAGCGCGCAGCAGCGCUUGGCUUCAUCAACGCGAUCUCCAACUGCGCGUCCAUCUACGCAAGUUAUCUCUACCCGAAAUCGGCGGCGCCUAGAUACACGGGUGCAUUUGUGCAUAACUGCGUAAUGGCAGCGGCGGCGAUUGCGGCUGCGUUCACUUUGCGGACAAUGCUGGCCGGGCUGAACAAGAAGCUUGACAGGGGAGAGAGGGUGGAGGGCGCCAUCAAUGCGGCGCCUGGAGAGGCAGUCGAGCAUGGCUUCCGCUUCAAGCUCUAA